AUGCUUAAUGAAUUUAGAAUGCAGUUGCCGAUAUUCUAAUUUAGGGAAAAAAUCAUCAAAUCAAUAAGAGAUAGUAAUAACAUUUAUUAAUUAUUAGAUUAGGUGAUAAUUAUAGCAGGUGAAACAGGUUGUGGUAAAACAACACAAAUCCCUUAAUACAUUUAUGAAAAUGAUCCAGGUGUAAAAAUAGCAGUCACCCAACCUCGAAGGUGAGAUUUGAACAUUAAUUUUUAGAGUGGCCGCUAUGACUCUGGCAGAAAGAUGUUCAUUAGAAAAACAGACUAAAUUAGGAUAAUUAAUUGGAUAUAAUGUCAGAUUUGACGAUUGCACAAGUAAAGACACAUAAAUUACAUUUUUAACUGAUGGUAUGCUUAUCAGAGAAUUCAUAAUUGGUAUUUUUUUGGGUUAUAAAGAUCAAUAAUUAAAACGAUAUGAUGUUAUUAUAAUCGAUGAGGCUCAUGAAAGGACUGUAUAAUCAGAUUUAUUAUUGGGUUUGUUAAAAAACUUAUGCAGAAAAAGAAAAUAAUUGAAAGUAAUUUUGAUGUCUGCAACAAUGUAAAUUGAGAAGUUUGCAAAUUACUUAGAAACCGAAGCAGUAAUACCUUUAAUUUACCAUUUUAGAUUCACAUAAUUGAAGCAAGAACCCAUACAGUUGAUGUAUACAAUGUUCCAAUAAGGCAAUAGGAUUAUGUGGUAAAAAAUUUCAUAAUUUAGGAAUCAAUGGUAAACACAAUAUUAUAAUUACAUUUUACAUAACCUGAAGGAGAUAUAUUGGCAUUCUUAACAGGCUAAGAAGAUAUUGAAGAUGUCAAAGAAAUUCUUAUUGAGAGAAUGAAAAUAUCAACUCAAGAAAAAUAAUUAGAUGUUAAAAUGCUUUAUUCGGCUUUGCCUCCUGAAGUAUAACUUGAAGCAUUUCAAAAAUCUGUCCAUAGAAAAGUAGUCUUGGCUACCAAUAUAGCUGAAACUUCAAUAACAAUUGAUGGUAUUGUCUAUGUUGUUGAUUGUGGUUAUGUAAAGAUUAGGUCCUUUCAAAUUGGGAAAGCUAUUGAUACCUUAUUAUUGGCUCCAGUUUCAAAGGCUUAAGCCGAACAAAGGGCAGGAAGAGCAGGGAGAUAGAGAUAGGGACAAUGUUAUCGUCUUUAUACUCAAUAAACUUAUGAAAGAUUAGCGAAAUACAUGUUACCUGUAUGAAUAUUAAACAAUUCAAAAUAGGAAAUCUUAAGAGUGAAUCUCUUAUCAGUAAUACUUUAAAUGAAGGCUAUUGGGAUUUAAAAUGUGUUAACCUUUGAUUUAAUAGAUAGACCUGAUAUGGAAUUAAUGCUAGCAAAUCUAAAUCAAUUAGUAAAGUUGAAGGCCUUGGAUUCUGAGUUUAAUUUGACAGAACAUGGAAAAAACAUGUCCAGCUUGCCUUUGGAACCUUAAUUUUCUCAUUUUUUAAUUAAAGCAUAUGAAUGUGGCAUAUAUGACUUGGCAUUAAAUUCCAUUUCUGUAUUGCAAGUGGAAAAUUUGUUCUACUUUUAGAGGGGAGCCAAGGAGAGUUUGUCGAAAAUCUUAGGUAAAUUUAAAAUUGCAAAUUCUGAUCAUUUGACAAAAGCCAAUAUAUUAAGGAAGUACGAAGAGACCUAAAAUAAAAAAAGCUUUUGCAAAGAGAAUUGUCUUAAUCAUAAGACUUUGCAAAAGGCAAUAAGUGUUAAACAACAAUUAAAGGAUUAUAUGAAAAGGAUCACUAAAAAAGAAUUUGAAAAAGAGGAUUAUGACAAAUUUAAAUAAGUGCUCUCUGAGGCUUUGAUGUUUAAACAUGCAGUCUAUUCUCCUUCUGAUUAAGCCUACAAAUUAAAAGUAUGAAUUUAAAUAAUGAAAGUCAACAAAUUAAUUAGCUUAUAUUCAUCCAGAAUCUGUAUUAUUUAAUUAAAAACCUAAAUAUGUCAUUUACAAUGAAGUCAUCUUAACUAAGAAAGUAUAUUUAAGAGAUGUUACAGAGAUUGAUGAAUUAUGA